AUGGAUACAUUAAAAGUUACAGAGGCGGAGGACUGUACACUGGCGAAUUCGGAUGUCAUAACCAAGUACAUAAAUUCAGCAGAAAUUGUCAAUGAAGCUAUGGAAAAAGUUAUCUCAAAUGUUUCAAAGGGUGCGUCUGUAUACGAUUUAUGCGUACUUGGAGAUAAACAUAUAACUGAAUCUACUGCUAAAGUAUACAAUAAGAAGGUUAAGGGCAAGGUGAUAUCAAAGGGAAUCGCAUUUCCCACUUGCAUAUCAAUAAAUGAAAUAUGUAGCCAUUCUUCCCCCCUGACAGAUACCAUCAUUAUCGCCGAAGGAGAUCUAGUCAAAAUUGAAAUGGGUUGCCACAUUGACGGAUAUAUUUGUGUAGCAGCUCAUUCGUUGAUAGUAGGCGAGUCUAACCCCAAGGCUGAACUUGCAUUAAAGUCAGCUUGGGUAGCUUAUGAGGCAGGUGUAAGGGAGAUAAAAAUUGGAAACACCAGCUCACAAGUUACAAAAACAAUAUCUAAGGCUUCAUCAAUCUUCAAUUGCACUCCUUUACGUGGUGUGUUAUCUCACGAACUGAAAAGGAACACUAUUCACGGGGAAAAACGUUUUCCUAACAAUGAACGAAUAGAAGAUAAAACUGAUGAAUUUACUUUUGGUGUGAAUGAAGUCUAUUCAUUGGAUGUGCUAGUAUCUACUGGUGAUGGCAAAUCUCGUGGUACUGACUAUAAGACAACUGUAUACAGGAGAGAGCCACAAAACAAUUACACUUUAAAAACCACAUUAGGUAGAAGUUUCAUUUCGGAGGUCAACAGAAAGGCACUACAUAUGCCAUUUUCACUACGUUCAAUAGAGGAUGAAAGAGCUAUGCUAGUUGGAUUACCAGAGGCCUUACGCCAUGGGCUACUACAACCCUAUCCCAUUUUAUCUGAAAAGCCUGGCGAAUUUGUGGCCCAUUUCAAGUGUACAAUUCUACUCCUUCCAAAUGGUCCAAAACGCAUUACAGGCGCUAAAAUUCCCAAUGAAGAGCAGAUCAAAUCAGACCCUGCAUUGGAGAACACGGAAAUUCUUAAAUUAAUAAGCACUCCAUUGAAUGUCAAAAAGAAGUCAAAGGGCGGAAAUAUUUCUAAAACUGAAGCACCAGCUCCAAGCUGA